AUGCCUCGGGGCCCCGCAAUAACCGAUCUUGAGCGUGGCCAGAUCUUGGCUCUCCACAAGGAAUGCAUUUCAUUCAGGAGCAUUGCGGAAGCUGUCAAUCGCUCCGUAGGAGCCGUACAGAGUGUAAUUAGGCUGGGGUUUAACCACAAACAUCCUAAACACUGGAAAGGAAAUCAGAAGAUCUCAGAGACGCAGAAGAGGGCUAUAAUCAGGAUGGCUUUAAAAGCAGAGGAAAGCGCGAGAGGUAUUCAGGCUGAGCUCAAACUGCCAAUUAGGCACAGACGCGUUCAACAAAUACUGAGCGCUGUGACCUAUCUCAAGUAUAGAAAAAUGAUCACGGCACCACAGAUGACCCCUCAGCAUAAAGAGAAUAGGGUCAAGUGGUGCCGUAGAUUCAUAAGCAAGGGUGAAGAGUUUUGGAAUACUGUGGUCUUUAGCGAUGAGAAAAAGUUCAAUGGUGAUGGUCCUGAUGGUUUUGCCUCGUACUGGCAUGAUCUCCGCACCAAAGAGCGAAUUUUUUCUAAGCGACAGAAUGGGGGAUUUUCGGUUAUGGUGUGGGGUGCCAUUAGUUUAUAUGGUGUUUCUCCUAUUGUUUUUAUGGAUGGAAGACAGGAUUCUACUAAGUAUGUUGAUGUUUUGCGCCACGGUUUACUGCCAUUUAGCUCAGAGGUAUUUGGGGAAGGGCAGGGUUGGGUGUUCCAGCAGGACAAUGCCCCGAUUCAUACUUCAAAUUUUACAAGAACUUGGCUCUCUGGCCAUUCUAUAAGGACUCUACCGUGGCCUCCUAAGUCCCCAGACAUGAAUAUUAUCGAGAAUGUCUGGGGAGUCAUGGCUAGAGUGGUGUACGCAAGAGGCAGACAUUAUCAGAAUGUUAGAGAGUUGAAGGAUGCCAUUGAAGAGGCUUGGUCUACAGUGGGGUCGGACCUUCUUUUAAAGCUGUACAAGAGCCUACCCCGUCGUAUGCAUGCUGUCAUGGAUGCGCGGGGUGGUGCAACAAAGUAUUAA